AUUUUCUGUUAGUACGCAGCCAAAUCUUAACUUGCUCUCACUAACACAUAUGUAUGUAGAGCAAACGUCACUUUUCGUGUUUGUUUUCAAUCUGGGUCGUCUUUUUGCGCAAUCAACCUACAAGUUUUCAAAGAUUUCGCAAAAAUCCGCUUGCAUAUAGGAGAAAGUGAAAUAAAAAAGUGGCAAAGAAUGCUUUGUUUGCCUUUCGCAAUGACAUUGAGGCCAAAAGCACUUGAACGCAUUUGCCGGCAGCUUUGGACCGAGACCAGGCAAAUAAACUGUUGUAUGUGGUUCGUGGCCGGGGCAAAGAACAACGGUUUUCCAAAGCCCCCUGCCCUCGCCGUACAGAGUAGUAGAUUGUUGGACAAACCGUAUGCCAUUUUAGUUAGUGUGUUUGCGUUCAGUGGUGCCACCAGCUUCAGAUCGGCCCACUUGCCCAGUUCGAUGUGUAGGACGGAAUCGCCACACCCGCCCCAACUACUCCACUCGUCGGCGCCCCGCUGCAUGUGGACAUCUUCUGGGAUGUCCGAGGCAAAGAAGAAAUGCUCCGCAUGGUGGACCGGCAAAUCCCAGCUUGGAGAACUCCUCCUUGGCCAUCAAAUUGUUCUCCAUACGGCACCUUCCUGUCAGAAGGCGGAGUUAUCGUCGUCGGACCGCAAGCAACGCAUGUAG